AUGUCAGUUCUCACUUCUCCAAGAGGAAAGGUAGAAGUGGUUCAUUGCCGAAGAACAGAAUCUCAGGAUAUUUGUUGUAUCCAAAAGCUUAUUAGAAAAUUUACCCAGAAGCUUUUUGGGAAGCUUAACAUCAUCUAUCUUCUGGAAAAGGCAAACCUUGCCAUUACCCUCCAUAAUGACAGAGAGGAGAUCAUGGCCCACGCCAUCUUUGUGGACUAUCCGAACUGGAAUGUCGCCCAGCAGGACAACUGGGUGUCUGUGUUCCGGGAGCUCGACUCCGAUAUUCCGUGCACACCUCUGAACACCUUGUUCAUGCACCUCUUUGUGGCUGUGGAUGAGUAUUCCAAUGGCUGUUGCAAAGAAAUGUUGCGGACUGUGUUUAAAGCAGUGCCAGAGUUGCACUUCAUAUUUCUCAUCGUGCCCGCUUACAUGAGCAUAGGCUCAACUCUCAUAAACGUGUUUGAUCUAGUGGGGAAUGUUCCAAGUCUGGCAUUCGAUGAGGAUUUUUCUGUGCAUAUAUGUCACAGGCACAAUCACUACCCCCAGCUGCACAUACGGAGAGCCAGGGUAGAAGAUCAUGAUGCUCUUAUGCCAAUAUUGAUGCGCCAUGAUACGUUUCUGAAGGAGACAUAUGGGGAAUACUUCCUGGCUGAGCUAAUUGAGGCCCAAGAUGAAGAGAACCAGGCUGCUGUGUGUGAGGUAGAUGGGAUGGCUGUUGGGUUCAUGAAUGUCUGCUCAAGAGUGAACAUGCAGCUCCUGCAUGAGUGCUUUGAUCUGGGGCCCUUCCAUGGACUCUGCACCCCACAUCCUGAGGAUGUUCUGGAACCACCGAAGAAUUUAAGACCUCACAAAAAUCAAGAUGCUGAGCUGAAGAGUAGCAGUUUCGAAUCCAUGAAAAAAUUAGAGAAAUCAUCAGAACCUGCAGCUUCAGAGCCUGUAGAAAGUACCAAGGCCAGAAAAGUCAGCCCAGUUUCUCCUGUGGGUGAAUUGCAUCGUUCUUUCAGUGGUACCAGCCUGACACCCACCCUGGGGCCCGACACCAGCUCCUUCCGCCCAGUCUAUAAAGGAGCUGCCUCUGCUUUUUGUAUUCAGCUGUUUUGUGUAGAUGAAAAUUAUGAAGCAAGGUCACUGGACUUUAUGGAUUUUGUUUUCAGUCUUUUUCCAAACAAGAACUUCUGUGUCAUUUCUCUGCCGCACAUGACCCCUGAGUUUGUUCUAAUCCAGAACUUCGUGAAGAUAGUCCCCUUCAGCAACUGCACCCUCGAGCAGGACCUCUACGUCUUCCAUCGGGCUGGAUUGCUCAAAUCCAUUAAUAUAAGAUUUGCCACUAAAUCUGAUGUUCCUGGAAUUGAAAAUCUUGUCAGCACCCUCAUGCUGAGCAAAAGCAUACUGGACGAUGUAAACCACUACACUAAUGCUUGCAAAGAUACUGAUGGAAUACCACUUCAGGCAUUUGUGGCUAAUGUUGCGGAUCAAAUUGUUGGUGUUGCAGUGACCAGAGAUGAAAUGGACAUAGAGUAUAUCCGAUCCCACUACAAUAUUGAAGAUUUCAUCUACUUCUCCCACCACCAGCGUCGGGAACAUACACACUUGUAUCACUUUGCCCUGAACCCCAUCUUCCAACACUACUCCAAGUUUUUUCUCAAAGAGAUCUUCCGUUUAGGCUUUAAGUCCUGUCUCUAUUACCCAAUAUACCAAACAUACAGGGAAGGCAAGUUCCAGAGCUCCCUCGCGCACUCGCUGACGUCCGUCCUGCAUCACCUGGUGCCCGUGCGGCCGCGGCGGCAGAUCGUCUACCCGCUGGAGAAGCUGGGCAUCAAUGCCCCGUCCAAGUCGGUCUCCAAGGAGCCGUUGGGUUUUGCUUUGUACCAUACGAACAGAAAACUAACACUGGAGCCUAAAAUAACUGUCAAUGCCAAGAUUGUGGUAGUUGGUGCAUCAAAUGUUGGAAUUUCCUUCCUAGAGACAUUGGUAUUUUGCUCUCACCUGAAGUUUAGCAAUCUCACGCUGAUUUCAACCCAUGGACUUCCAGGAAAAAAACUUCUGGAGUCUGAAGAAAGGAAGUUUUUAUCAACCGACCACUGUUUUAAUGAUAAAGAUCACUCACUGAUGUUGUUGUGUUCCUGGGUGAAUGUGGUAGUUGGUCGAAUGACUGCCAUAGAUCGAGUAGCCAAGCAUGUGGUGGUUUCCAAAGAUGAAAUUGUGCUGUACGACCACCUCAUCCUCUGCACUGGGCAGCAAUACCAGGUCCCUUGCCCUUCGGGGGUGGAUAUUAAUUUGCUCCCAACAAAUAGGGAGGUUGCAAACAACAGUAAGCAGCGAUACACUGGUAUAGUUCCUCGCAAUCAUUUCCUUCUCAACGAUGAAGAAGAUUGCUUUGAGGCAUUGACUUGGAUAAGGAGCAAUUCCAUCAUCCCAGAAGGGAAUGUCAUUGUCUAUGGGAAUACUCUUGACACAUAUACCACAGUGGAAAUGCUCUUACACAUUGGUAUCAAGGGCUGCCACAUCUUCCUGGUGCAGCCCCCGUCCCUGUACACCACCACCUGCUUCAACAACUACGUUGUGGACAAUGCCGUGGAUGCUGCACUAGCGGCAGAGGGAGUGACCGUCUACAGGGAUGCCCUCUUGGCGCAGUGGAAUGACGGGCAGAAUCCAGAUCCCAUCUACUGUGCCAGCUUCACCACAUUCACCAAGCCUUUCAAACUCUUCUGUUCGAUGUUCUUCAGCUUUUGUGAGAAGAAUGUGGAUUACAAAACAUUUAAAGCAUUCAAUGAUGCAUGUCUUGUCUAUGAUGGCCGACUUGUGAUAGAUACCAGCUUUCAUACUAAUGACCUGGCCAUCAGAGCUGCUGGGUCCCUCACCAAGUUUUCUAAUCGAUAUUAUGCAAAUGAAUGGACUCACAGCAACUUCAAUUCCAAAGAGAUUGGUUUUCAGCUGGCGGCAACUAUGCUCAACCUCUUUGAUCCAACUAUUGAGCCUGUGACUGAGCCACCCCCCGAACUCGAUCGACUUAUACCCAUGUACAAAGGAGCCAAGAUUCAAGGUGGCAUCCUUCCAAGGUCCUACUAUUAUCUGCAUAUUGCCAAGCCUGCCAUUCCAACUCCCUUAGAAGUACAUAUGGCCCAGGCUGAUUUUGGCACAGAGAUAGUAACAGGUACUGCAAGUGAAGGUAAUUACUUCCGAAUACAUAUUAAUAAGUAUAAGAUGGUGGAAACUAUCACAUGCCUUUCGAAGAAGCCUUUCCCCACUUCCAACUACAUCCGCUUGUUUGGCCAACAUGAGCAAGUCCUCAACAACCUGUGUAAUAGAUUCAGUGACAACAUGAUCCCAGAUCUCUACAGCUUCUUUGAGGAGUCGUGGUCCAUGGCCAUUUUUCAUGAUCGUUUUAUUGAUCUCAGGAAAAAGUUACGCCAAAUCUUAAUCGCCUCAGAGGAAGAAAACUCGCCAUCCAUGGAGCUAAUAGCCUUGCAGAUAGAAGACGAGGAGAUCACCCUGAACGAGAAGCCACGGAAGUACCUUAAGCGAGUCUACGAGCAAAGCAUCUAUAAGUCGCUGGUGGAGAAGAGCAUCCUGGACUACCUGCACUACAAUCACUACCACCUGCCCAUGUAUGCCUGGCCAGGCAUCAUUUAGUUCUGGUCCUGGGCUCGGAAAUCUGGUGUCCUGAAGUCUGGCUGAACAACACAUGGGUGAGUUUCUUUUCCACAUCCAUUGACGCCUGGAAUUUUCUGUCACUCCAGAAGGUGGCGCAUGGCUGUCUGCCUCUAUUCUGGGGCAGGACAAGGCUCUUAAUACCAUAUCCGUUCCUGUGCAGAAUAAACCAUCUUAACAAUAAAAUGUGGUUGUAAUGUAUAAAAUUUGUAUGUGUGUUU